GGCUGAACUGGAGCAGGAUCUCUGAACAGUUCUUGGGAACUGAUUUAGAAAGGAAACAUUUUAAGAAGUUAAACCAACAUUUGAUUGUAUUAGACUUUACUUAGGAAACAUGGCUCAGCAGACAAGUCCGGACAAUCUGCCUGUUCCUGAAGUAGAUAAUACAUAUUGUCAAAAUCCAUGGUUAAAUGAAGAUCUUGUGAAGACCCUGAGGGAAAACCUGUUGCAACAUGAAAAGUCCAGGACAACUCAAAAAUCUUUACCUGCUUCUCCCCGGCUGUGUCCAGUUAUUUCUCCUCGAAACUCUCCAAGGCUUUUGCGCAGGAUGUUUUUAAAUAGCAACAUACCAAAACAGCGGCGUUUCACUGUGGCACAUACCUGUUUCGAUGUAGACAAUGGUACAUCAUCGGGACGAAGUCCCUUGGAUCCCAUGACAAGCCCUGGAUCAGGGCUAAUUCUUCAGGCAAAUUUUGUCCACAGUCAACGUAGGGAGUCUUUCCUUUACCGGUCAGACAGUGACUAUGACUUGUCUCCAAAGUCCAUGUCCAGGAACUCUUCCAUUGCCAGUGAUAUACAUGGAGAUGACUUGAUUGUGACACCGUUUGCUCAGGUGCUGGCCAGCCUGCGUACUGUACGGAAUAACUUUGCUGCAUUAACCAAUUUACAAGAUCGGGCACCCAGCAAACGAUCACCAAUGUGUAACCAACCAUCUAUUAACAAAGCAACUAUAACAGAGAUGCUGCUGGAAUUGCUGUGCCCAAAUUAUGCAUUAAACUGGAUGAGCUGGGGCUUCUGUGCAUUGGAUAUAAGUGGUUGAAAGACUUUAAUGAUAAAGAAAAAAUAUUAAGCCAAUAUAAAGCACGAAAAUGGCUACAAUUCAUUUUGGAGAUUGAGGCUGGAUACUAUUUUGCAUUAAUGGGUUUGCCUGCUCUUAGUUACAGCCUGGUUUUGGUAUUUCCAUGGCAACGAAGUUCAUGGCAUAGGCACAGAAGUAUGCAUAGGUAUGUCCUUGGGGCAUACAAAAUCCUAGUAAAACACGUUGCAUUACAGCACUAUGUUAAGUAUGAAGAUACAUUAUAAACACUUUUCCUGCUCUUCACAGAAUAUUUGAAAACCCCUUCAGAUGCUACUAAGCUUUUUGAAUGGGGAAUGUUCGAAAUGUAGCUUGUGCAGAUCCUUCCUGCUGAGAAAUCCUCCUGGUUGUGCUGUUCUCAGAGUUUAUGCCAUGGAAAACCCAGAACAAUACACCAGACAGGUAGAGCCUUAUCACAUCAUCCAAACAGCUCAGCUAGCAAUCUCAUUGUGAACUGAUCACCAGUGUAACAAACUAGGUAACUGGAAGGCACAGAGUCACUAAACUAUAUAAAUCAUAAACCAGAAAACAGACACUUAAGAUGGAGAUUUUAUGUUGCUAAGCUUCCUGGAAGACAUGUCUUUGGGAAGACUCUAUCUGAGGAAACAGAUGAUCACAGAAGGGAACUACUGCAGAAGAUAUGGGGGGGGAAACAAGAAGAGAAAGAUGAAAAGGAAUUUGGUAAAGCUAAGUGACUAAAAUAGUAAGAGCAAAAUUCCUAUUUUAAGAAUUCACCCAGAGGCACAAAUUUGUUGACAAAAUACCUUAGCAAAAAAAGGAAGAAACUGCCAAAUUGAGAAGUCAGGCAGCACAGGAAUCACAUGUUCAAAUUCUUAGGAGCAACAGCAACGAUG